UUCCAUUGGGUGCUUUGUUAUCGUCGUAUUGUAGUUAAAAUUAGUUAAAGCCAGUCGAAAUGUUUAGUGCGCUAUUGCUUAUUUGCUCGAAGUUUCCGUUUAGUGUAUUCUAACACAAGAUACUCAUUCGUUCGUGUAUUGUAUUGUUAUGACUUAGGUGCAGCUUACACUCAUUCUAAAAUGGCAAAGUACAGCUUUAAAACAAUCAGUCAAAAGCAUAAAACGUUUCCUACAGACGUUAACAUGUAUGGUAUUAUGAAGUGCAAAUCGCAGCUGUUGGAGGAGCAGGAAAAUGUGACAUUAAUCAUCAAUCGCCGAAAUUCCGUUCGUCCAUCAAAGAGCUGGACCUGGAGCGUACUACGCUGCAGAUGGCAGAAGAAACUAGUUCUCUUGCUGAUACUAAUUUGUAUGUGUGUUCUUAUAAUUUACGCCAACACGCAUCUAUCAGUUCGGGGAAAUAUACUCUCCGCAUUUCUUUCGAGCCGGCUUAACAAAUUAUCACACACUGAGAAGCAGGAGACAAGAGACUCCAAUGUUCAACAAACAACGACGUCCGUUCAGCCCAUUCUCCUAAAGCCUACCCACUAUUUGCUGAACUAUUCCUCCACGCAGCUGGAACUGGGCGCACAGUUCCAUUCUUCGGACAAUAAUUAUAAUAUAUUUAUAAUUUAUACCAGAGAAAACUACCAUCUUAACUUGAAAUUCGAUCUGUUUGCACACAGUCUGCUGAAACACACAAGUGCCCAACUCCAUCUGCAUGUAAUCACCGACAAGGAGAGCUCCAGCUCCGUCAUGGAGAUCCUUCAGAGGCAGAUUCGCAGAUUUCGUAGAACGGUGAUAUAUACAAUGUACGACGUUAAAGUCUGCUCCACCAUCAUAGAGGACAUAGCUGCCAAGUUAUCCCCGUUCUUUAGCUCAGCGCCCAACUCCUAUUAUAGCGACUCGCUCUUUUUUUUGUCCCUCGGGCUCCAUAGAAUCGCCGAUGCAAGCUUAAAUCGAGCCAUUCUGCUGGAUUGUGAUAUAGUCUUCCGUUCCGAUGUUCGAUUACUGUUCAAUGAAUUUGAUCACUUUCUGCCGCACCAACUUUAUGGACUGGCGCCAGAACUAACUCCCGUAUAUCGUCAUAUCCUCUACCGCUAUCGCGUCCGGUAUCCAAAGACUAGCUUUGGAAACCCAUAUUAUCCAAUGAACCACGAGAUGGGAAAUCAACAUAAUCACAACCAUGAGCAGCGCCAUGGUUAUCCGGGUCUCAACUCUGGCGUCGUACUGCUGCUUUUAAAUCGCAUAAGAAACUCGAAAUCAUAUCUGGAAAAACUUACAAACUCGGAAGUGCAGACGCUCGUUGCAAAGUAUUCCUUCAAGGGACACUUGGGAGACCAAGAUUUUUUCACAUUACUGGGAUACGAGUACCCCAAUUUGAUAUAUAGACUAGAUUGCGUGUGGAAUAGGCAGCUUUGUACUUGGUGGAAAGAUCACGGCUAUAGUGACAUAUUUGACGCAUACUUCCGCUGCGAGGGCAAUAUCAAAAUGUAUCAUGGCAAUUGUAAUACACGAAUUCCAGAAUAAAUAAAUAGUUAACAAAUUGUUAUAGCAAAACAAA